AAAACUUCCAGCGCUAAAAUAUGGUUGCCGCAGAGCUCCGCCAUCUGCUCACCAUUGACAAACGCUCUGUGGCGCGGCUGGGGAAGCUCGUGAACCGCAGGUUUUUGAUUGCCCGCCAACACGCGCUCGAACAGCCUGUGCUGUGCAGAACAAGCCCGCGGCAGGCUGUCGACGAGGCGGCCGGCCUGACGUGUCAAAGCCACAUUCUCAAGGCCCACAGCAAGGCCGGAUACAUUGCUGCGUCGGACAUUGUUCGCAUGUACCAGCUGAAACCAACGAAAUACGCCUCCAAGCCCGUUAUCAGAGACAUCAUCAAGGGUCGGUAUCUGCAGACGUUGCAACCAACGGGCGCACACUAUGUGUUUUUCGACUCGUUUGCCGACGCGGCGGUGUUUUGGAGUGAUGUGCGCUCGGCCCUGUUUAACGGCUCGUACGUAUCGUUCACCUUUGUGAACUUUGAGGAUGAAAUGGGCCAGAUGUUUUUUCCGGUCCUUGCUGACACUAGAGUCCGCAAAGAGCUGGUGAAUUGGGACGUCCUCAAACACAACAUGGACCAUAAAAUGCAUGCAUUGCAGGAUCACCCACAUCUAUCAAAGCUCCUGACUCUGCUGAAACAACAGCCGUGGCUGGACCCACACCAGGACCGCGGACUGCUCGAGUUUCUGCAACAGCAUCCCGUCGAGCGGUCCCAAUGUGUUGUGCUGCACAACAUCCCGAAAAACACCAGCCGUCGCCGGCUGCUAGACUCAUUUUGCGAGCUCAACUUGUACCAGACCCACGAGCUCGGUCUGCGCCAGGUGUACACCGACCGAACGACCGGGUUGAGCACGUACGUCGCGAUAUUCGAGACCGACGCCGACGCCUGGCGGUGUGUGCUGAUGGCGGACGGCGAACACCUGUUCUAUGACCCGGAACUGCCGCUCGUGCGCGCGGAGCUGCUCGACGAGAGAAUUGGCGGCUAGUUGUUGUUACUGGCAAGCAUCAGCACGGGCUCGGCCGCAAAACACG